CCAUAACGAGAAACGUUGCCGUUAUUUUCUGCACUCACCAAUCUGCCAGCAAUACCUCAAUACCUUAGGGUCAAUGGGGGCAGCGCUGUCUACAGGCCGAUCGAUGACGGUCACGCGGCGUCAGGACUCGUUGUCGCGGCUACGGGAGCGUGCGUACUCUCUGCUGCAUCUGUGGGUGCGCUUCUGGAUCUUCGCUACGGGACUGGAGAAGCACGAGCAGCUCGCAUGGCGCAUCGUGCAGCAACUUAAGCACCGUGUAUACCGCACCGCAAACGAGAAACACGCGUUCUUCCACAACCUGGUCAUGACAGUUGUAGAGCUAUGGUUGAGAACGGUGCGAGCGGUGUUGGUGCCCGACGUCUUCGCUCGCUAUCUGUGUGCGACCUUCAUGCUGCACAUAAUCUAUGAACUGCAGUCCAUUGCUCGCCAAGUGUUGGGCAAUACGUGCCUCAGACUCACAGCUAAGGGCCGACGCACAUUGAGACUGCGACAACAGCUGGAGAACGUCAAGACCUUCCAAGAGCGACUGUCAAUUGCUGGGGAGCUGGACAAACUCGAAGGUAAGGACAAGUGGCGAGAAGAUCCUGCGUCCGGACUCUUUCUGUACGAGCGAGUGAUGAAUAAAACGCAGAUGUACAAGAGACUGAAACUGGAAAACGACGUCAUGGGGCUCAUGUUCUCACUAAGAGCUGGGUUACUAAGGAAGCACUGGGGUCUCGGAAAUCCAAGACUUUAUUCAGCUAGCAAUGUGGGAACGAAACACGUGAUCGAGGAGUAUCUGGACACGAUCGUGCAGUCGAUGAACGUCGUGCUGCGUGCUAAAGGGACGGACGAAGAGAACAGCGACGAGUUGUCUAUUGAUAACAAACUAGCGUUCUUCAGUGAGACUCGUCAUGCCUUUGGACGGUCUGCUUUGAUGCUGUCUGGUGGUGGAGCCCAUGGAUUUUAUCAUGCUGGCGUGAUUAAGGCUUUGGUGGAGAACAAUCUGCUGCCUAAUGUCAUUGCUGGUUCGUCGGCUGGGUCGAUUUUGGCAGGAGCGAUCGCUGUUCGGAAUGAUGACGAGGUGUUGGAAUUUUUGUCCGGAGAGAAUGUGAACCUCAAUUUCCUAGGACCAAACAUUACAGAGCAGGACCGAGCUGACUACAUGCCGUCGUUCUUGUCCCCUGCACAAUUACUGCUUCCAAAAGGUGGAUUUGAGUUCGUGCGAGACGCAUUUAUCCUACUUAAUCGGUUCCUGGAUAAGCGCUAUGUAUUGGAUACAAAGACUCUCCGUGACUGCUUACGAAGUGCCAUGGGUGACUACACGUUCCGAGAGGCCUACGACAGGACGGGUCGAAUCAUUAACGUCACGGUAACCCCAUUGAGUGCUGAUGAUUAUCCUCAGUUACUCAACUAUCUUACAGCUCCGAAUGUGAUCAUCUGGUCGGCAUCUUUGGCAUCAUGUGCGAUCCCGAACGUCUUCCGUCCAGUUGAGUUGCUGGCCAAGGAUGAGAAUGGAAAUAUCGUUCCGUACUAUCGUGAGGGGCUGAAGUGGAGUGACGGUAGUGUCGAGUGUGAUCUCCCCAUGGAGCGACUCUCGGAGCUGUUCAACGUGAACCACUUCAUCGUCAGCCAAGUCAAUAUCCACUACAAGAUCGUGUCAGGUCACGCUGCGUUUGGAAAUGGACAAACCGGUAGUCUCAUGAGCUUCCUUAAAAAGCAGAUGAAGGCCUACAUCAAAAACAUCGCAGAGUUCGGCUUGAACACUUCGGUGCUCAAGUUCCUCGACAUUGGACUCGUUCCUUUGAUCACACAGAAGUACGAAGGUGACAUCACCAUCUGUCCCACAGACAAAGUUCCCGCCACGACGUUAUUGCGAACAGUGCUCACCAAUCCAACGCGCGAAACGUAUCCUGAACUUUUACUUGCUGGUGAACGAGCGUGUUGGCCAGCAAUUGCACGGAUCCGCACAAUGUGUCGUGUGGAGUUCGCGUUAGAACGUGCAGUGCGGUACUUGCGUGGUGAACAAGCUCUUGAAGACGAGCGACGCAGCGGACGCAAGGCAAUUGGUCGUGUGCCGUCGUUCUACACUUCUCCGAGCUCAAUGAACCUGUCCAACCUGGAUCAGUCCCCACCAACCAUCCAGGGAAAACGCACUAGACACGGCAGUCUGGAGGAAAUGGGUACCCCGGCUGCCAACCCCAUGCGACGGAACAGAUCCAUGAACAUCGCAGGCGCCGUCAUCUCGAUAGAUGGAGGUGCUAAUGCCUCCGACUUCAGCCACUUGGAUCUGUAAAGCACUGUUACAUGUUAUUGAUUUCAAUUCCUUUUUUACCAUUUACUAGGGUCCCCAACAACUGAAGUCAGAGCGUCGAAGAAAUUUGACACUGG